AUGAGUGCCUCCAGGUUCAUCAAGUGUGUCACCGUUGGUGACGGUGCCGUCGGCAAGACUUGCAUGCUUAUUUCCUACACCAGCAACACUUUCCCUACGGACUAUGUGCCGACUGUCUUUGACAAUUUCAGUGCAAAUGUAGUUGUGGAUGGAAGCACUGUGAAUCUUGGGUUGUGGGAUACUGCUGGCCAAGAAGAUUACAAUAGAUUAAGACCCUUAAGCUACCGUGGAGCAGAUGUUUUCCUGCUUGCUUUUUCUCUCAUAAGCAGGGCCAGCUAUGAAAAUGUUGCCAAGAAAUGGAUUCCUGAGUUGAGGCAUUAUGCUCCUGGUGUUCCAAUUAUUCUUGUUGGAACAAAACUUGAUCUUCGGGAUGAUAAGCAGUUCUUCCAAGAUCAUCCUGGUGCAGUGCCUAUUACCACAGCACAGGGUGAGGAACUGAGAAAGCUUAUCGGUGCUCCAGUUUAUAUUGAAUGUAGUUCAAAAACACAACAGAAUGUGAAGGCUGUUUUUGAUGCGGCCAUCAAGGUAGUUCUCCAGCCCCCAAAGCAGAAGAAAAAGAAGAGAAAGGGGCAAAAGGCCUGUUCCAUUUUGUGA